AUCCGACCCGACGACGUCCCCAGCCGCCGCCUCGCACGCCCACCAGCGGCCCUCGACCGCCCGCCCUGGCGCCGCAAUGCCCGCCCAGCUCCUCACAACGGCCAGCCGGCGCAAGAUGGAGCGCGCCGGCGCUGCGGACCUCUUUCUGAUCGGCGACCACGACGUCGCGUACGAGCAGGACGUGCAGCGCAACCCGGGCAGCACCAAGCCGUGGCUCGACUACUACGGGUUCAAGCGCAGCCGCGGCAGCAUGCUCGAGCAGGCCUUUGUGCUGGAGCGCGCCGUGUCCACGCUGCCGCGCUCGUUCAAGCUGUGGAAGCUGUACCUCGAGCUGCGCACCCGACACCUCGCCAGCAAGAACCCGGCCAGCUUCGCCCCGCACUUCCUCAAGGUCAAUUCGCUGUUUGAGCGCGCGCUGGUGCUGCUGAACAAGAUGCCGCGCAUCUGGGAGAUGUACCUGGCGUUCCUGAUGCAGCAGCCCCUCGUCACGACGACGCGCCGCACUUUCGACCGCGCCCUGCGGGCGCUGCCGCUGACGCAGCACGGCCGCAUCUGGGCCCUGUACCGCCCGUUUGCGAGUUCGGCGUCUGGCGAGACGGCGGUGCGCAUAUGGCGCCGGUACAUGCAGAUCCACCCCGACGACGCCGAGGACUUUAUCGACCUGCUCAAGGACAUGCGCAAGUACACCGAGGCCGUGAGCAAGUACAUGGACGUCCUCAACAACCCGCGCUUCAAGAGCAAGGAGGCCAAGGGGCCCUUUCAGCUGUGGACGGAGAUGAUUGAGCUCCUGAUCGACCACGCUACAGAGAUCGACACCAGCGACGACAGCGGCAUCGACGUUGAGAAGAUCAUCCACAGCGGCAUCGCCCAGUUCCCCGACCAGCGCGGCGUGCUCUGGGUCGGCCUCGCGCGGUACUGGAUGCACAGGGGCGAGUACGAGAAGGCGCGCGAUGUCUUCGAGGACGCCAUCACCACCGUCAUGACCGUGCGGGACUUCUCCAUGGUCUUUGACACGUACGUCGAGGCAGAGGAGACGAUGAUUGGCAUCAAGAUGAACGAGGCAGCGGGCCGGUCCGACAAGGGCAAAGUGGACGCUGCCGCCGACGCCGACCUGGACAUUCGGCUGGUUCGGUUCGAGUCGUUGAUGCAGCGGAGGCCCUUUCUGCUCAACGACGUCCUGCUGCGGCAGAACCCGCACAACGUCAUCGAGUGGGAGAAGCGCGUGGCCCUGUGGGGCGACAACCAGAAAGAAGCCGUCCAGACGUACACGGACGCCAUCGCGGCGAUCCACCCGAAGAAGGCAGUGGGCAAGUUCCACGAGCUGUGGGCCAACUACGCCAAGUGGUACGAGGCCGGCGGCAGCCUGCACAACGCCCGCGCCAUCAUGGAGAAGGCCGUCAAGGUGCCGUUCAAGUCGGUUGCCGAGCUCGCCGAGAUGUGGUGCGAGUGGGCAGAAAUGGAGCUGCGCAACGAAAACUUUGACAAGGCCGUCGAGAUCAUGGCCAAGGCCACGCAGGCGCCAAAGCGCUCCAACGUCGACUACUUUGACGAGUCUCUGACCCCGCAGCAGCGCGUGCACAAGAGCUGGAAGCUGUGGAGCUUCUACGUCGACCUCGUCGAAAGCGUCGGCACGCUGGAGGAGACCAAGAAGAUCUACGAGCGGAUAUUCGAGCUGCGCAUCGCCACACCGCAGACGGUCGUCAACUACGCCAACCUGCUCGAGGAGAACAACUACUUUGAAGACUGCUUCAAGGUCUACGAGCGCGGGCUCGACCUCUUCAGCUACCCCGUCGCAUUCGAGAUCUGGAAUCUUUACCUCACCAAAGCCGUCGACCGCAAGAUUGGCAUGGAGCGCCUGCGCGACCUGUUUGAACAAGCCGUCGAGGGCUGUCCACCCAAGUUUGCCAAAGUGCUGUACCUCAUGUACGGCGCACUCGAGGAAGACCGCGGCCUCGCCCGCCACGCCAUGCGCAUCUACGAGCGCGCGACCCGGGCCGUGGCUGACGAGGACCGCAUGGACAUGUUCAACUUCUACAUCACCAAGUCCGCAUCCAACUUUGGCCUCACGUCGACGCGCCCCAUCUACGAGCGCGCCAUUGCCGCGCUGCCCGACGCCGAGGCAAAGGAAAUGUGCCUCAAGUUCGCCGAGAUGGAGCGCAGACUGGGAGAGAUUGACCGCGCAAGAGCCAUCUACGGCCACGCGAGCCAGUUCUGCGAUCCGCGAACCAGCCCCGAGUUCUGGAAGAAGUGGGAGAGCUUCGAGGUCCAGCAUGGAAACGAGGACACGUACAAGGAGAUGCUGCGCAUCAAGCGCAGCGUGCAGGCGCAGUACAACACCGACGUCAACUUCAUCGCGUCGCAGGCCGUCGCACGCGGCAACGCCGAGGCACAGGCCGCUGCCGACGACGAGGCCGCAGGCGAAGAUGCCAUGGCGGCGCUGGAGCGCCAGGCUCGUGCUCCGGUUGGCUUUGUCGCUGCGAGCACGGGUCUGAAGGGCAACAUUGCGCCUGCGCCAGAGAGCGCCGCGAACCCAGACGCCAUCGACAUUGAUGACGAUCUUUGAUCUACACACGGCGGACGUGCCGCACGCAUAGAAGGGACCGAUGGAAGGGGGACAUUUAGGCAUCUGCAUACCACGGCGUUUGGGUCGCCUCUCACUCUUUCCGAGAUGGCUUUUCGAAAUUUGUACACGGAGGCCUCGGCUGCGUCCCUGGGUUUUGCAAUUUCCCGUGCGUUUUCCUUUGUUCUGCGCCGGGACGUGUCAAGUCUCCUUUGUCAUGGGGGUGAGGUCUGUCUCCGCUUUUACAUAUACCUUAUAUACCUGGUCCAAAGCUGAUCCUUGUGCAAAAC